AUGGCUGCCGCACCCGCCCAGGAGCUCAAGCUCGACCCCAAGUACGACCACUACGACUACCCCACCGUUGCCCCGGUUGCGCAGAACGGGCACCCCGGCCACACAACGCCUGAGCAAGAUGCGCAGGUCUUCCAGCUGCGAACUCAGCUCGAGCAGGCCGGUUACACGAAGAACCUCGACACAUUGACGCUGCUGCGAUUCCUCCGUGCGCGCAAAUUCAAUGUCGAGCUGUCGAAGCAGAUGUUCAUCGACAGCGAGAAGUGGAGGGAGACAUAUGCUGGCUCUGGCGUCGAGGAGCUCGUCCGCACCUUCGACUACAAGGAGAAGCCAGAGGUCUUCAAGUACUACCCCCAGUACUACCACAAGACCGACAAGGACGGCCGCCCAGUCUACAUCGAGCAGCUCGGUAACGUUGAUCUCACUGCCCUCGGCAAGAUCACCAGCCAGGAGCGCAUGGUGCAGAACCUCGUCUGCGAAUACGAAAAGAUGGCCGACCCCCGUCUGCCCGCCUGCUCGCGCAAGAUCGGCCACCUCCUCGAGACCUCGUGCUCCAUCCUUGACCUGAAGGGCGUCGGUAUCGCCAAGGCCACCUCCGUCUACGGCUACCUGCAGGCCGUCUCCGCCAUCUCGCAGAACUACUACCCCGAGCGCCUCGGCAAGAUGUACGUCAUCAACGCACCCUGGGGCUUCUCCGGCGUCUUCAGCGUCGUCAAGAAGUUCCUCGACCCCGUCACCAGCGCUAAGAUCCACGUCCUGGGCUCCGGAUACAAGACUGAGCUGCUCGCACAGGUCCCGGCUGAGAACCUGCCCAAGGCUUUCGGCGGUUCGUGCGACUGCCCUGGUGGCUGUGCGCUGAGCGAUGCCGGCCCAUGGCAGGAUCCUACGUGGGUUACCGAGCCCAAGUGGGCGAAGAAGAGCGGUGAUGCUAUCGACAACACUGCGCUACCUCCUCCUACCACCGGCGCUGACGUUCCCACCACCGGCGCACCCGUUGGUGGCCUCGAUGGAGCUGACCCUGCCACUGCCCCUGCCCCUGCCCCUGCCGGUGUCCCUCAGCCGCACGCUUAGAAGCGUGUGUUGAGGACGGCGUUGAUGAAGAGUAGGCGCGCGAAGACGAGAGCGCGGACGAAGGGGAAGGAGCAUUACAAAAAGCAUAAGGCGAAUCAGGCGAGGCGUCGCAGGGCAGAUGCGAUAUUACGUCAAAGCAGUCAACGACGGAAGACUAAGCGCAAAAGGUGCAGUGGUGGCUGGCCACACGGAAGCGUAUCAGCUGCUACCGCUGGUUCUGCUGGUGCGACAGGCUGCAGUGGUGGUGGUGGGCACUGCGGCGGCGGUGGAUGUUUCUGAUGAGCAUCGAAAUAAUGCAAGAUGCCUUGGUUGGCUGACGGAAUGGUGGUUAGAGCGGCAUAGACGCAUGGCUUCACUCUUUCUCUAGAAUAUUACCUGUUUCGCUCCGAUGUUGGUCUUCUUUGUUCGGUACUCACUCCCAACUCUUCCUUGUCUGA